AUGUCAACAAUUUGCUCAUAUCAUCCUCCAUGGUUCCACAAAUUUAUUUUAGAAGUCAUAGAAUGUAUAUCAAUUCCAUUGAAUUGUUUAGUUUCAUAUUUUAUUUGGCACGAUCCAAAUGCAAAACGAACUUAUAAAUUUUGUGUUAGUUUUAUGCAGGUACUCAAAUCUUGUAACUCUUUUUUUCCUUUCAAAAGUUUAUAUUUUUAAGUUCAUCUCUUUUGUUGUCGAAACCGAUAUGUCUAUUUUCACAUGGCCCUGGUAUAACUUCCCACUUCUUGCUGGCUACAGUCAAUCCACAUUCUCAUUGUACUUCAAUAUUUCAACUCAUGCUCUGAUGUUAUUUUAUGGCUUUUUUGUGACUUGGGAAGUUCCAGCAUGUUUACAAUGUUUUUAUUACCGCUAUGAGGAAACACGUAAACUUCGAAGCAAAAAAAGUAUUUCGAAAAUCAGUUUAUUACUUGUGAUUAUAACAUAUUUAUAUCCAUUUGCCACGCUUUAUUUUAUGAAUGAAAUUUAUACACCAUUUCCUAGAAAAUAUCAAAUUAUGAGAGAGGUUUAAAGUUUUAAAAAUUCAGUUGUCUGAUUUUCUUUUGUAAAUUUUCAGAAAUAUCCAGAAUGUAUGGAAUUAUUUUUUGAACCAACUUUUGAAUUGUAUGAUACUUCUACACCUGCCAUGAUUCAUGUUACAGUAUAUUUUUGUUUGAUUAUGAUUAUCACUUUCGUGUAAGUUUUCAAAAAUUUCUAAAAAAAAAAACAACAUUAUGAAAUGUUUUAGUAAUGCUCUUUAUUUUGCAUAUGAAACUUUCACAAUUUUAAAUAAUUUACGUGGUUUGAUGUCUCGACAAACGUAUAGAAUUCAUUUGAAUGCAUCAAUCAACCUCUUCACUUUGACACUUUGCCCUUUUGUUUUAAUUGUUUUUCCACUCGUAUUUUGUAUGUUCAUUGUCAUGUUUGAUGCGGUAGAAUUACAAAGUAAGUUUUUUUAUUUCAAAAAAAUUAGUGAAAAGUAUUCAUAAUUUUUUUAGAGUACGGUAACUUUUCAAUGAUAGGAAUAGCUUCCCAUUCAUCAGUGUUUUCUUCAGUGGUUCUAGCUACCAAAUCAAAAUAUCGGAAAACAAUGCGAUCUUGGAUACCUAAUUUUAAACAACCGAUUGAGAAAAUUUUUAUGAGAACAACUGAACAUACUCACUCGGUUGCGGUAUUUUGAUUCUUGAUCCAAAUAUUCUUUGUUCGCAUAUCUUUGAUUGUGAGAACUCACUGUCUAUUGAAUAAAUAUGUGUUCAUCAAAACGAAAGCUGUGUUCCAUAUCUCAUUAGAACUUCAUUCGCGAUACAAAUCACAUUUAUUUGUGCCGCACUUUCACACUUCAAUGAACUUCUGCUUCUCUGAUCAGAUAUUAUAAAUAAUCAGUAAAACCAAUUUUUCUCAAUAAUAUUUUAUAUCCUCUCAUUUGCUCAUUGUCAGUUGCACAUCACAUUUUUUGCAAAAUAUUCUCUUUCUUGUAAUUUUAAGUCAAUUCCAGAUAUGGACUUCAUAAUAAACAAUUACAAUUUUAUCACAACAUCAAUAUCAGUUCUUGUCAAUUCAUUUUUCACAUAUCUUGUGUUAUUCAAAUCACGAAAAAGUAUUGGUGGAUAUCGUGAAGUUUUGGCUGCCACCGGGAUUUUCGAAAUAUUUUAUUCUUUACUCAUAAUUGUUUCCAACCAAUUAUUGUUCAUUACACCCUGAUGUUUUUAUUGUUUAUAUGAAACCUGGAGCUAUUUUCGAGGUAAUUUUCAAUAUUUAUACGAUAAAAUAUUUAGAUUCUUGAAGAGUACAUCAAUCUCAAUUCAUAUAAUGGCUAUAAAAGUUUCGUGUAUUGGUUUGACUUAUGGUAUUUUAGAAGUUCAUUUUAUCUAUAGAUAUAUUGCGAUAUGCAGGUAAAUAAAACUUGUACCUUGUAUUUUUUUAAAUUAACUUGAAAGUGGAGACGUCCUCAUUAACUAGAGAUGCUCAAAAAACUUUAGAAGAUCUAAGAUCAUCUCAAAAUACACAUUAUUUGCCUUGAUGAUUUGAAACGUCAUAAUGAAUUUUGCUUUUUCAGGCCACAUUUGAUGAACACACUAGAUACAAAAUCAUCCAAAAUGUAUCUUUUCAUUUAUAUUUUUGUUCAUGGCCUCAUUGUUUUUUUCAUUUAUUCAACUGUUCUCAAAUGUGACAAUAAUACUCGAAUCGACUUUGAAGAUGUGUUUUUUGAGAAAACUGGUUUAUCAAUUUAUGAUCGAGCUAUGAUUUGUAUGACUGUCACAAAAGGUACAACAUUUGUUCGAACUCUUGGAUAUAUUUCAGAAAUAACACUUUAUGCAAUUUCUUUAUACUCCACAAUGGUUUAUAUUGUAUUGGGUGUACUUGGUAAUCUACUAACAUAAUCUUAAUAAUAUGAACUAUUUUUUUCAGAUCUUCAAAGAAUUCAAGCAGACAAAAAUGAGUCCAACGACUUUGAAAGUACAAAAAAGGUUAAUGUUAUCUUUAGUUGUACAGACUAUUAUUCCAGUUGUAUCAAAUUUGAUUCCAACAAUUUUAUCGUGGUCGUGGCCAUUGUUUCAACUCCCAUCAUCCAUGUUAGUUAAAAAUCUUAUAUUCGAAAUUGUUGCAAUAAUUUUAGAUUUGCUUGGCGUUUCAUUCAAUUUGCAGUGGCACUUUUUCCCAUUUUGGAUCCAAUUGCUGUUAUUUUAAUUCUACCCGAUUAUCGCAAAGCUGCAUCAAAUAUGUUGAGAUGCGAAUUCAGAAUAGAAAAUCGAUCCGCAUUAGAAGUAAUGAGUGUAUGUUAAGAUUGUAUUGUCAUAUCUUUGAUUAAUGUUUUUUCAGAGAUCUCGCCAACAAUCAACCAAAUAA